GGGCGCGGCGGGGGCGGCGCCGGCAGGGCCAGGGUCCAAGAUGGCGUCGGGGCCGCCUCCGUCGGCCGCGAAGCUGUACCGGCCCAACGCCUACGUCUCGCUGCCCGCCGAGCUCGACCCCGACACCUACGAUGCGUCGCCGGAGAAGCGCCGCGCCGAGGCCGAGCGCCUGGCCAUCCGCGCCCGGCUCAAGCGGCAGUACCAGCUGCAGCUCAACAACCCCAACCCGCCCGCCGCCGUCAUCGAAGACCCCGCCAUGAUCCGCUGGGUCUAUGCGAGGACGCACAACGUGUACCCUAAUUUCCGCCCAACCCCCAAGACGUCCUUUCUAGGAGCUGUUUGUGCAAUAGGCCCCAUCCUCUUCUGGAUCACUGUCUUCAAACUUGACAGGGACCAUAAAGAGAAGCUUAUCAAAGAAGGUAAAUUCGAACGGCCAUUCAGUGUAUUCUGAGUUCCUGGAAUUACAGUGGUGUUCAUGGAAUAUAAAUAAAAUAAGAUAUAUUAUGUGC